AUGCCCACGGCACGAGUAUUGACAUUUGGUUAUAAUUCCAAGACCUACUUCAGUCGAUCCGAAUCAGAUAUACCGGACUUUGCCUCCGAACUACUUUACGCACUAAAGUCACAGCGAAUAAGCGAAGAAGAGAGACAGCGCCGCAUAGUCUUCAUUUGCCAUAGUCUCGGGGGUCUGGUCUUCAAACAGGCCGUAAUCAUGGCUCAUGAGCAAGACCGCCACUACUCGUGUAUCUUGGACCAUAUUCACGGUGUGGUUUUCCUCGGCACCCCACAUCGCGGCUCGAGCCUAGCUACUUGGGACGAAAUCGGCACGCUCGUUGUCAAAGCUAGUACACUUGGAUACUCGAGCAAUAGCAAACUAUCGAGCAGUCUGAAAGUCGAUUCGAAGUUCUUGAGACGCAUAACAGAAUCGUUCGCAGCUCGUGGGGAAGACUUUGAAGUUAGAAGCUUCUAUGAGACUAAGCGGAUGAAGGGUUUGAACUGCCAGGUCGUCGAGAAGGAAUCGGCCAAGUUGAAUUGGCCUAAAGAGCUGUCCAUUUCCUCGAACGCCAAUCACUCCGACAUCUGCAAGUUUCCGUCACCAGAAGACUCGCGAUACAAGCUUGCUUCUCAAGCUAUUCGCGAGGAGGCGGGGGAGUUAGCAUCUGGCACUGAUGUUCUGCUCGAUCCGCUAGCGAUGGCAUGCCUAAGGGAACUCAACUCAGCCUAUGAAUACCAUCUUGACCAAAUCGACAACCCGAUUUCCAAGACUUGCGAGUGGUUCACAUCACAUACGCAAUGGAAUCGAUGGGACUCACUUCCAGGCUCGGGUCUUCUAUGGAUCACAGCUGAUGCUGGCUGUGGGAAGUCGGUAUUGGCGAAGUAUCUUGUCAACUUUUUUCGAGAACGGACCUCUAGGGCACACCUUCAUACUCAUGUCUGCUAUUUCUUCUUCAAGGAAGGACUAGAACACCAGGACAACGCACCAUCUGCUGUUUCAGCGAUCCUUCACCAGCUAUUCUCCAAUCAACGUCGAUUAAUGCACCACGCCAUGGCCAAAUACUCUAACAUGCCAAAGAACAGUUUCAAUCGCUUUUCCACACUAUGGUGCAUUCUCCUAGCAAUGAUGGAAGAUCCCCAAACAAAGGACGUGCUGGACGGUCUGGAUGAGUGCGAAGACAAGUCAUUGGAAGAGCUCAUCAAGGCUCUGGCGGACUUUGUUCAGUCUCGCAAAACGAUACCCAACAAAGCAAGGCCAGCCUGUAAGAUCAUUCUCCUAAGCCGGCACCUCAAUUCUAUCGAACGGAGGUUUGGACUCCGGCCGAGCAUCGGUAGCCACGAUGCUGGCGCACAGUCCAGCGAAGGGUGUGUCAAUUUCAGGCUCAGUGCCGAGGAGGAGAGUGCCUCCGUUGCAAAGGAUAUCGCUCAAUUCGUCGCAUCAAGAAUUUCAGAUCUUGGCCGACAGUCAGAAAUAUCCACCGAAAUUCUGCAUCGAAUUGAGAAACGGCUUAUCAGCAGUGCCGAUUGCACUUUCCUUUGGGUGUCUUUGGUCAUGAAUAUCGUGAAAGGAGCGGAGGUUGACGGAAUUUCAAUGGGCCAGAUUGAAGCCAUCUUGGCCACCACCAAGCUCGAAGACGUCUACGAGAAACUCUUGUCUGGUCGAGCAUCACCUUUGAAGUCCAGGAAGGUUUUACUGCUUAUUCUUUCCGCUGUUCGCCCAUUGACUGUGGAAGAGUUAUGCGGAGCUGUGGAAGUUAAUCAAGACUACCACCAACAACAAGAUACCAAAGAGUCGGAAAGAGUCAUGGCCCAUUUAGAAUCGAUAUCUCUCCAUGAGCUCGGUCAACGGAAGGAAGUUUCCAGAGCUCAAGACCUCAUUGCUAGGUCCGGAAGAAUAACGACCUCGACAAAUAUGAUGCAGAAGCUAGAGAACAACGAAAGAAGAGCUAUGAGGGCCAUUUCGCUCCGGCCCGGGGCGAACCAUGAUAGACUCAGUCGACAGCCAGAAGUCCAGACGCGAACACUGCAACAUCACAUGCACAGGCCGUUCAUAAAUCAUAUACGCCAAGUAUGUGGGCAUUUAGUUAGGAUCCGCAAGGGCAAAAUCUAUCUAGUUCAUCAGACAGCCCGCCAAUUUCUAUUGCAUCAACGCAGGGAGCUCGGUUUCGGAGCGAUUUCUCAAGGCAAAAAGUACUCUUUACCCACACAUCGAGACAGGCAGGAAUCAGGAAGCUCGACACUUGUUUCGCAGUGGCAACAUUCAAUCAGUCUGGCGGAUGCAAACCUAUACAUGCUUCAGAUCUGUGCCGAUUACCUCGACCUGUUCCGGUCAGCAAAGGCAUUCAAGAAGGCUGCCUUGACCAAACAAGAAGCGAACGUUUACCUCAAAGACUGUCGCAAAGACUGUCGCAAGGACCCUCCUCGGGCAUUCCUGAGAUACGUUUCACGCCAUUGGUUGGAUCAUUAUCGACCGAUACGGGAGGACCUGAAGCUCUCUUAUGACUAUCUCCUACAACCAAAUACUCCACAGUUCAAUGCAUGGAUUAUCUCUCAUGGUUCAUGGAUGCCAGAAGAACAACGGAGGAUUUUGGAAAUAGGUGGUGUUUCAAUUAUUAAGGAGGAGGAAGAAGAGCUCAGCAUGCCCAUGGGCCUCCCCUACCAGGCGGGUCACGGCAGAGUCAAAACGCGUCAAGCUGAUGCCAACAUCGGCCCUUUGGAGAAAAGAGAGCGAGAACUCCAAGCAGCUCUGCAACAUUUCAAUCUCAUAGGCAGGGAGAUUGAUAUAUACGACGAAGAGUUUCUUGACGGGAGACGAUACUGGAAAGGGAAAGACUACAUUGAAUCAGGCGAUGCCAGCACCUCAGACGAAGAUGAGGAGGCUGGCAUGGAUAUGAAGGAAUCGAAGGCAACCGUUCCUGAUCGUAUGCAGUACUACCGCCAACAGCAGAGUAGGCGUGUGAUGAGAAUCAUUGAGGAGGGCCGAGUCUCAACUUCAGCGUCUAUGGCGAAUCCAACUUCGUCUCGUUCUUGGCUUGCGUGA